GUUCUCUCGCCUGAUUUUUGAUGAGCAUGUUGUGUGGCGGACGCUAAAUCGUACAACUCUCGUGGUUACCGGGUUAAUUGCCACUGCUCCAAGCUGACUCUUGACAUCCAUCGAAAUCAUGUCAGCCAAAGCUAUUCACGAAGCUAAAGGGAAGGAACUCUUGAACAAAUUCCUGACAAAUGAAGCCGCAAAGAAUCGGUUCGCUCUUGUGGAAGAAGACGUGGACUGGGACAAACUUGUGCAACAAAACCCCUGGCUGUCUUCUCAGAAAUUGGUAGUAAAGCCAGAUCAGCUGAUCAAAAGGCGUGGCAAGCUAGGACUGAUCAAAGCCGGUGCUGACAUCUCAGGUGUUAAACAAUGGGUGAUGGAGAGAAUGAACACAGACAUCAAGAUUGGAGCAGCUACAGGUAAAUUGAAGAGGUUUAUCAUUGAGCCAUUCAUUGCACACAAACAGGAGGAAGAAGUGUACGUGUGUAUUCACUCUCACAGAUAUGCUGACUCUGUCCUUUUCUACCAUGAGGGUGGCAUCGAUAUCGGCGAUGUGGAUGCUAAGGCUGUCAAGCUUGAUUUACCUGUUGGAGGUGAACUGUCGGCCGAAGAGGUGAAAUCUAAGCUGCUGGCAAAAGUGUCUGGCCAAACACAAGAGUUAUUAGUGAAGUUCAUUAUGAGGCUACAUGCAGUUUACAAGGAGCUUCAUUUUACUUACCUCGAAAUCAACCCAGUGGUGGUGACCGGUGGUCAGGUGUAUGUCCUGGACAUGGCAGCCAAAAUUGACCAGUGUGCGGAGUACAUCUGUAAGCAGCAAUGGGGUGAACUGGACUUUCCUCCACCCUUUGGGAGAGACGCCCUGCCCGAGGAAGCGUACAUUGCUGAACUAGAUGCUAAGAGUGGUGCCUCAUUGAAGCUGACAAUCCUGAACAAGAAAGGGCGAAUCUGGACUAUGGUGGCCGGAGGCGGAGCCUCUGUAAUUUAUGCUGACACCAUUUGUGACCUGGGCGGAGCCUCAGAGUUGGCAAACUAUGGAGAGUAUUCGGGUGCCCCCAGCGAACAACAGACGUAUGAGUACGCCAAAACUCUGCUCGGACUGAUGACCAAAGAAAAACACCCAGACGGUAAAGUUUUGGUUAUAGGAGGUGGCAUUGCUAACUUCACCAAUGUUGCCAGCACUUUCAAGGGCAUAGUUAAGGCACUGCGUGAGUACCAGCAGAAACUGAUUGAGUUCAACGUGUCCAUCUAUGUAAGAAGAGGAGGCCCGAAUUACCAGGAAGGUCUGCGAGUGAUGCGAGAACUGGGAAGUACUCUUGGUGUCCCCAUUCACGUGUUUGGCCCCGAGACACACAUGACUGCCAUUGUUGGCAUGGCUCUCGGAAAGCGCGACAUCCCCCAGAAUCCCCAAGCAGCGCCGACUACGGCUAACUUCCUGUUGCCAGGAGGAACGAAAUCUCCCUCAGCCAGCCGCAGGACGUCACAAGACCAAAACAACUCUGCUGCUAACGGUGCUGGUGUUGCCCCAUCCAAACCCCCAGCAAGCUCUAAGGCCGGGCACGGCACUGCACCCUUGUUCACCAAGAAGACCAAGUCCAUUGUGUGGGGCAUGCAGCAGAGAGCUGUGCAGGGCAUGCUGGACUUUGACUAUGUUUGCUCACGACCUGAGCCAUCUGUGGUUGCCAUGGUCUACCCGUUCACUGGAGAUCACAAACAGAAGUACUACUGGGGACAUAAAGAAAUCCUUAUUCCAAUGUACAAGAAUAUGGGUGAUGCCAUGAAGAAACACCCAGAAGCUGAUGUUCUCAUUAGCUUUGCAUCUUUGCGAUCUGCAUAUGACAGCACGGUCGAAACCAUGCAAUAUCCUCAGAUCCGAACAAUUGCCAUCAUUGCUGAAGGAAUCCCUGAAAACUACACCCGGCAACUGAUCAAGAUGGCGGAUGCGAAAGGGGUCUCUCUGAUUGGACCAGCCACUGUUGGAGGAGUAAAACCUGGCUGCUUUAAGAUUGGCAAUACCGGGGGAAUGUUGGACAACAUCCUGGCGUCUAAACUUUAUAGGCCUGGCAGCGUUGCAUAUGUGUCAAGGUCAGGGGGGAUGUCCAAUGAGCUUAACAACAUCAUUUCUCUCAAUACAAAUGGUGUCUAUGAGGGUGUCGCCAUUGGAGGAGACAGGUAUCCGGGGACUACAUUUUACGACCAUAUUGUGCGAUAUCAGGCUGAUGACAAUGUCAAGAUGAUGAUACUGUUAGGAGAGGUUGGAGGUACAGAAGAGUAUCGCAUCAUCCAAGGUAUCAAGGAAGGACAGAUCACUAAACCCUUGGUGGCCUGGUGCAUUGGCACCUGUGCUAAGAUGUUCACAUCAGAGGUUCAGUUUGGCCACGCUGGGGCUAGUGCUAAUGCUGACAGUGAGACGGCUGUGGCCAAGAAUGCUGCCCUGAAGGAGGCCGGGGCUUACGUACCAAAGAGCUUUGAUGAGUUAGGUAGUAUCAUAAGGGAUGUUUACACAAAGUUGGUAUCUGACGGCACGAUUGUCCCACAGGCUGAGCAAGCUCCACCUACCGUUCCCAUGGACUUUGCCUGGGCUAGGGAGCUGGGUCUGAUCCGUAAGCCGGCUUCAUUCAUGACAAGUAUCUGUGAUGAGAGAGGACAGGAGCUGCUCUAUGCCGGCAUCCCAAUCACUGACAUCUUCAAGGAAGACAUGGGGCUGGGUGGAGUUCUCAGUCUCCUCUGGUUCCAAAGACGACUGCCAAAGUACGCCACUAAGUUUAUUGAGAUGUGUUUGAUGGUGACAGCUGAUCAUGGCCCUGCCGUCUCCGGUGCUCACAACACUAUAGUCUGUGCUCGUGCUGGCAAAGAUCUGGUCUCCUGUCUCGCCUCAGGACUACUCACUAUUGGUGACAGAUUUGGAGGUGCGCUGGAUGCGGCCGCUCGUCAGUUCAGUGAAGCCUACGACAGUGGGAUGAUCCCUAUGGAGUUUGUCAACACAAUGAGGAAGAAAGGCCAGCUGAUAAUGGGCAUUGGCCACAGAGUUAAGUCGCUAAACAAUCCAGACAUGAGGGUGGUAAUACUGAAAGAGUACGCCCAGCAGCACUUCCCAGCCACGCCCCUUUUGGACUAUGCCAUUGAUACAGAGAAAAUCACCACAUCUAAGAAACCUAAUCUGAUCCUGAAUGUUGACGGGUUCAUAGGGGUGGCCAUGGUAGAUCUGCUCAAGAACUGUGGAUGUUUCACCAGGGAGGAGGCACAAGAAUACAUAGACAUUGGAGCUCUCAAUGGAUUGUUUGUCUUGGGACGCAGUAUGGGAUUCAUUGGUCAUUACUUGGAUCAGAAGCGUCUGAAACAGGGUUUGUAUCGCCAUCCAUGGGACGACAUCUCUUACAUCAUGCCUGAAGGCAUGGGUAACUAGACGUAUGCCCUUGUCAACACCACCCUCCCAGUACUGGAGCACAGCACUGUUAGGGGGAUGUAGCAAAACCAGCAUUAGUGAAACAAGAAAUUGCAACUUUCAAUAACUAAGCACCAGUACCAUUGCCUGAGCGAAGUGGCAAUAAAACUGAAACAAGAAGAAAUAGCUAGCAAAACUGAAAAAACAGGACAUUGCCAUAGGAAGGGGGAAACACCAGUGACAACAAAAAUGAAACAGAGCAAACUGGCAUGGAAACUGAACAACAGCAGUAUGGCACUGACACAGGAAGGCAUUAGUGCCAAAAGAACUAGGCACUAGACUAGCUCAGAUAAUAAUCUUUAGAUCAGAAUAAUGAUCGGAUUAAAUCCUGGGUAUAGAUGUUGCAGACUGGUUAAUUUUGGAUGUCGCGCUUGUGGUUCCCCCAAGUGUACUUUCAAAGCUGUAGGUUCGAAAUGUGAAGAAAUGUUAGUCUUUUAUAGGUACAUGUGUACAUCCUGAAUGAUAAGUUUGUCGGUGUCGAAAAGCCGUGGUUCAACAAAUGACAUGUCACCUUUCCAUUGUUCACAGAUUCCUUUAAAAAAAAAAUUGUGUUUAACUCUUGUUAGGAAAUGGAGAUGUUUUUCUUCUUAUUAAGUCCUGUUGUACAGUAGACGAUAAGUUAGUAAUAUCUUCAUUUGCAGUAAAAUGAGAGGUAUUUGUCGGAGAUGUUCUCAAGAAUUUCCGUGUGCAUAUCCGUAGGUUAAAGAUGGUUUUGAGGGGGAAGCUAGUGGGAAAAUGAAGGCGGUUUCUGUAGAUACAUUUAUUUACAACAGCUUAAAGUUCAUUUUAUAGAGAAGAACCGUUGAAGAACAGUAGAUAUUAUGUGGGUUUGUAAAUUAUUAAAAUGGUGUGUAUUAAUGACAUGAGUGAGCGUUGUUGGGAGUGUGUGGGUGGGUGGUCAGUGGGGCUGGGAGAAUUUUGGUCAGGUGAUUCAGAAAGUUUUGAAUCUUUGGAGAAAAUGGCGUUAAUAAUAUUGUGAUUGUUACAGACGUGUAUAACAAUUGUGGGGGUUAGAAAAAACAUGUUGAUCUUGGGAGUUUUUUGUAGAAUCUAGAUUUGUCAUUUUUAUACAGUCGUUCGUGUAUAGCGAUUUGUGUGGAGCUACAUUUACUAAAGUCCUCUCUUCACACAACGUGUGAACUGGUUUAAUAACGGUAAACUCUCAGAUAAAGAAUGUCCUGUUGUAUCAUUUCUUUAUAAAACUUUUUUAGCCAAUUUAAAACUGCAACAGCAUGAAAACUAAGUAAGGUGAUUUCCAGGGAUGUCACAAAAAACAUACAACGUUAAAGAAAUCAUUCAUGUGUUUUGAAAAAGGUUAAAUAGAACUGUUCGAGCAUCAGUAAUGAGUGGAAUUUUGCCUUUUAUUUGUUGUCAUUGUUCGUUGUACAGUUUGAUACUUCAUCACCACCUUAUUAAGGAUAACUAAAGUUUAAGUUGUAUGAGAUAGAUGAAAAGUACCUACAACUGUAUUGUCCUGUUUUCUAUUCUUUCAUACAUUGUGUGUUUCUUUCUUCUGUUUUAGUAACUUAUUUUACUCUAUGGUGAUGUGAUUUUUUGUGUGUUUUCUUGAGCGUCAUUUAUUUAUUGUUAAGUACUUGUUCGGAUGUAACUUUUGACGCGUUUGAUAGGUGAAGAGCGCAGCUCAUUUUAACCAUCGUGAAGCACCCACGCAGAUUUCACUAUACUUAUUUGUGCCAUGGCAGUGCUAAUUUUAGUUUAUCACUAAGCGCUAUGUUGUUUGUUGUUGAGUUAAGUUUGCUUCGUUAGCGUUUUUAAUUUGACGAGAUUUUCAUGUGACACAGUGUUUCAUCAUUUAGACAGAAACACCAGUCAUGGAAUACAUGUCUCCUCUUUGUUGCUUUGGAUAUGCUGAGCAAAACUUUAUGUGUCGCUAUUUCUGUGUUCUGUGGUAUGGCUGUGUUUAAGCACGUGUAUAUUAGGGACCAAUAACAACUUUAUUUAAUAAACAUGCCAUUGUGGU